GUAGUCUGCCCAGAGGGAGAGAGCAAAAUACGUUCCUGUGUCUCGCUGCUUGCAACUGUCGGGUGUUCCUUCGACCAUCACAAAACCGUGUUGUUUUUUUUAAAGGAACGCUGUCGUAAAACAAAAUGCUCGUUUUGCUUGGAAGGAAAGCUCACGAUUCAUCUGUUUGAUUUCCCCGGGAAUGAGGUGAAGUGGUUAGCUCUCUUAGUUUAUGGCCAGGAAAAGAGGACCGAUGGCAACGAGGAGCAGUUAGCUUUAAGCAGAUGUAAUAGUUUAAGUGAACGGCAGUGACAAGCUAUCAACGCAAUUAGGCUGGCAGGCUUCACUUUUGAUUUCCGUGACUUAUUGGUGUUUAUUAAAAGAAAUCGUGGCCAGUUACAUCCGAGGCAUUUCUGGAUUGGAUCUGCUGUUUGCCUCGAGUAAUUGAUUCCCACUAGUGUUUAAUUAACGCAGUCGAGCCAACUCAUUUUCACUGCUUUAAUAAGGAGCUUGCAAAAUAACUUCGACAGCGAAAUAAUUUGUGAAAAUCAGUCUGGAUUUCCUCAUAAGACUCCUGUCAGCGAACAUGAGGCUGAAGAGGAAUGGAUCGUACACAUUGCACAGGAAGUCCAAGACCAAGCCAAAUGGUAAAAAAACAGUAACGGAGGAGAAGAAAUUGUACCUGGAGCCUGAAUAUACCAAAGCCAGAAUAACAGAUUUCAACUUUAAAGAACUGGUGACAUUGCCACGUGAAAUUGACCUAAAUGAAUGGCUCGCCAGCAAUACAACAACUUUCUUCAAUCACAUAAACCUUCAGUACAGCACCAUCUCGGAGUUCUGCACUGGAGAUACGUGUCAAACGAUGACUGUGUGCAACACGCAAUAUUAUUGGUACGAUGAAAGGGGAAAGAAAGUGAAAUGUACGGCCCCACAGUACGUGGACUUUGUAAUGACGUCUAUACAAAAGUUUGUGACAGAUGAUGACAUCUUCCCAACUAAAUACGGAAAAGAGUUUCCAAACUCCUUUGAGUCUUUAGUAAAAAAGAUCUGCAGAUAUCUGUUCCAUGUACUGACCCACAUCUACUGGGCUCAUUUCAAGGAGACUGUUGUAUUGGAGCUGCAUGGACAUUUAAACGCACUGUAUAUGCAUUUCAUAUUAUUUAUAAGGGAAUUCAAUUUGGUCGAUCCCAAGGAGAUGGUUGUCAUGGAUGACCUGACUGAAAUCCUUUACAGCCAUGCAGCAUCACAGAACCACGUCAAGGAAAGAUGAGCCGCAUGCGAAGGAAAGACAUUUGAUCAUGAAGACGGUGGGACUGAGCUAUGCCAGAUUAAGUGUGGAAUUUCAUUUCACACUCUAAAUGCAGUGUUUACUUCUUGGAAAGAACCACGUUUGACAUGGGACGAGGUUGUGCAGAAUGGUGGUACUGCCAUUUUUAAUAUAUUAUGAUAUGUUAUUAAAGAAAAUGAGUUUUAACUUUGAAGUGGCAUGCUGGCAAACAUGCUGUUUACCGCUUCUCCCCUACCGAGUAGGAAUGAUACGGAAUAGAUGAGUCUUGGUUUUAACCCAGGAAUAUAGAGGUUUGAAUUUGUAUGGUUAUAAUCUUGGAAUACUGGAGUUAUCAUGCUGCUCUGGCAACCAGUCAAGUACCUCUUCAUUAUGCAAAAUUGGACCAGUUAACCGCGGCAGGAAUAUUUUUUCUUAGCACAUUCUAUCUGAGAGCUCCUUAAUUGUAUUUAAAAUAAAAUCUUAAUCUGCAUUUUAUAACAAUAUUUUGGCUUGCAUUCAAAUCUAUGGGAAGAUAAUUUAUUUUUCCCUCAUUAAGCAAUUCUAUAAUCCGUUAAUCUUGCAGAUUAGCCUCAAUUUUAGAGAAGUAGUCAAAGCCAGUGAUACUGGGGGGGCAAAAUAGCAUGUGAGGUGAGCACUGCAGCCAGGCUUUAUUCAGUACCAAAGGCAGCCCUUGACUGGCAUAUUUUAAUGAGCUCUUGUUGCUUCUCAUCCCUGCGCAGCUAUCUGAGAAAUGUUCCUGGCCAGGUAGCAAGAGGAAAGUCAGGCUUUGUUCCUUUUGAAGAUGGUUACUUCAGCAUGUGUACACACUUAUUGUAAAUAUUGUUUAAGGUUGAGAUGGGUGUGUUAUACAUGAAUGUAAGUAGCAACCUUAGUUUUUCCAUCAGUUCAAUUUUGAUUUAUGUUUUUUUUUUCAGUUUCGGUUUUGCAUCUUCUACAUUUAGCCAAGUGGCUUGCCCUCAAGCUUGUUAGGAAUACAAAAGGGGAAAUUGGGAUUAGUAGACAGAUUUCCAAGCUCAGUUGGCUCACUGUUUUCAACUGAAGGGCAGCGCACAGUAUUUCACUUUAGUUAUCAUUUUAUUAGAAGUGUAGGGUUUUGGUUUGUUUUUCCUCUGUUGGAACUGUUGCACUUGAACCUUGUUGUUAACUAUGGUUUCCAGGUGUUUACAAACAAGUUUAUUUUGUUUUUGGCUUCAUUAAUAUAAUAGGUAUCAAUAAAAAGGUGAUAUAAAACAAAA